AUGGACCCAACUAUUCCUGUUUUACCCCAAACCGGGAAGCAGCUGGGAGGUCCUCCGAGCUGGACGGGGAGGCGGGCGGCCUCUCCCACACCCCACCCGCUCCCUCCCUGCCGCCGCCGCCUCCGGCUGCUCUCGCGGCAAGCCAAGAAGCUGGGGCGCCUGCUGGGAGCCCAGCGCCGUCCUCCGGUUUCCUGUGAUCUGCCAGUCCUCUUCUCCGCGGAGGCUCGGCCGGGCGCACCUCAGGCCCGCAGCAGCCCCGGGGCUUGGCGGCAGCUGCAACUUCAGACGGCCGCCAGGUGGCGCCGCGCCGGGGCCCGAGAGCAGGCGGGACCGGGGCAGGGUUAGAGGGACUCAGCUACGCGCCUGGGGAGACCGCGGGCCCUCGCAGACUACCGAACUUCCAUCCUGCCGCCGGGGUUUCACACCUGCCGGCCCAGAGGAAACAAUGACGUUGGGAUUUUGGGGGGCCGCCCCUUGACUCGGGCGAAUCGGACACGAACGGCGACCUCUUGCUCUCUUCCAUCCGCCUGCCGCCGUUGCUGCCCACCGACUCCUAGAGCUCAUUUCUCGCUGCAGGCUCCAGGAAUGCAAAUAAUUUCUCACUGGGUUUUAGCGGGGGUGCGGAGCUGCGGAGAAGCGCGCGCCCGACAGCUUUCGCCGCAGCUGGGUCCCCGGGCGCUGGUGGCUGCGGCCCCCAGAUGCGGGCGGAGGCUGCAAUAUGCACAUGCGGCCACAGUGUGGCGCCAGCGGCCCGCCGCGGGACUCGCUCGGAGCGCGACGCCCCAUCCCAUCAUUUACGGAUCAAACCAAAUAAUCUAG